GAUAAUUGGUUAGCCUACUUGAAGCAUCCGGGAACCUCGCCAUAGUAGUAGACAUGGCGGGUAUCAGCCUGGCUAAAUGACGAAAUAAAUUUGUUUGCUAAUAUAAGAACGUGUUAAUUUCGUAGAAAAAGUGUUGAUACUGAAAGACUAAUUAAGUUAUAUUGGAUUAGGACAAAAAUGCAGAAUGUCGGACAGUCUGAAAAUCGAAAUAUCGAUAAGGUGAAUGUGCAACUUGAUGUGGUAAAAUCAUCCACUCCUCAGAGUUCGGCUUCGAGUCCGGCCAAAUCUGAAACCGAAACGUAUUCGGGAGCGCCUGCCAAAUACAUGACAGACUCUUCGGAAAGCGAGGAUGACUCUGUAUCUGAGAUCUUGCUGGCUUGUUUGUGCCUUAGCAGGCCAGACCUGUUGGCGGAGAUGGAGGAAGAAGGUGGCGGUACAGAGUCGUCUAAGUUCCUUCUGUCUCACGAUGACCCCGAAAGGGCCGUUGACCCUGAGAUGCAGGCUCGCCUCGAAACACUUUUAGAAGUUGCUGGCAUAGGCAAGUUGUCCGGUGAGGGCAAACACCUAGCGGACCCCGAGGUGCUCCGUCGACUGACGUCUUCGGUGUCGUGUGCGCUGGACGAGGCGGCCGCGGCCCUGACGCGCAUGCGCAGCGACCAGCCCCCCGCCCACCAUCGACACCACCAUCAAGAUAAACCUACUCAGUGUGGAUCCACGGCCACGGGGACUACACCGACGGCCGCGGCGUCCGUGGGCGCGGACGGGGCUCCGUCGCUGGCGGAGGCCUGCUCGGACGGUGAUGUGGGCACGGUGAGGAAGCUGCUGACCGAGGGCCGGUCGGUUCACGAGACCACUGAGGAGGGCGAAUCCCUACUCUCGCUGGCCUGUUCAGCUGGUUACUACGAGUUGGCUCAAGUUCUACUGGCGAUGCACGCGAGCGUCGAGGACAGGGGGAUCAAGGGCGAUUGUACGCCGCUGAUGGAGGCCGCGAGUGCCGGUCACGUGGACAUCGUGAGGCUGCUGGUCGCUCACGGCGCCGACGUCAACGCUGUCUCGGGCUCCGGGAACACGCCCCUCAUGUACGCCUGCGCCGGCGGACACGAGGACUGCGUGCGGGCGCUGCUCGAUAACGGGGCCAAUGUAGAAGAUCACAACGAAAACGGUCACACGCCGCUCAUGGAGGCCGCAUCAGCCGGUCACGUGGGCGUCGCGAAGAUCUUGCUGGAGCACGGCGCCGGCAUCAACACGCACUCCAACGAGUUCAAGGAGUCCGCCCUCACGCUCGCAUGCUACAAGGGUCACCUGGACAUGGUCAGGUUCCUGUUGGCGGCCGGCGCCGACCGCGAGCACAAGACUGACGAGAUGCACACCGCCCUCAUGGAGGCCAGCAUGGACGGACACGUCGAGGUCGCCCGGCUGCUGUUGGACUCUGGAGCACAGGUUAACAUGCCGACGGACAGUUUCGAGUCUCCGCUGACCCUGGCGGCGUGCGGGGGACACGUGGAGCUGGCUAUGUUGCUGUUGGAGAGAGGCGCCAACAUAGAAGAAGUCAACGACGAGGGAUACACGCCGCUCAUGGAGGCAGCUAGGGAAGGUCACGAGGAGAUGGUGGCGCUGCUGCUCGGUCAGGGCGCGUCCAUCAACGCUCAGACCGACGAGACGCAGGAGACGGCCCUCACCCUGGCCUGCUGCGGCGGCUUCCUCGAGGUGGCGGACUUCCUCAUCAAGGCGGGGGCGGAUGCGGAACUGGGAGCUUCCACGCCGCUCAUGGAGGCCUCGCAGGAAGGACACCUGGAGCUCGUACGAUACCUGCUGCAAGCCGGCGCGGAGGUCCACGCUCAGACGCAGACGGGCGACACGGCGUUGACGUACGCGUGCGAGAACGGACACACGGACGUGGCGGACGUGCUGCUGCGGGCCGGGGCGCUGCUGGAGCACGAGAGCGAGGGAGGCAGGACGCCGCUCAUGAAGGCCUGUCGCGCCGGACAUCUGUGUACCGUGCAGUUCCUCGUGGGCAAGGGUGCUGACGUGAACCGCAUGACGGCCAACGGGGAUCACACGCCGCUGUCGCUGGCGUGCGCCGGCGGACAUGCGGACGUGGUGAAGUUCCUGCUGGCGUGCGACGCCGACCCCUUCCGCAAGCUCAAGGACAACUCCAGCACACUCAUCGAGGCGGCCAAGGGCGGACACACCACCGUCGUGCAGCUGCUGCUAGACUACCCCCACUCCCUCAUGUUGCCCAGAGGUAACACGGGUACGGAGGAGAGCGGGGGUCUGAGUUCCGCACAGGCGGCGGCGCUCGGCCUGAGUCACGCCCCGGCGCCGGGCGCGCCCAGCCAGCGAGCGCUGCUCCCCGCGCACGCACCCCCCUCGCACCCUCACGCACAUGCCCACCCUCACGCGCACCCCCCGCCGCACGCGCAUCCCUCGCACGCCGCUCACCCCGCGCAUCCUGCUCACCCCGCCCUCCCCGCGGCCGCGCCGCAGCAGGACGUGCCACCCAACUUCGCCAAAGUCUAUUUGGACGGAAGAAAGAAACAGGCGAGCGGCAACGGUACGGUCCAGCCGGGCGUCCCCGCGCAUCCCCCGGCCGGGGCGGCGGGCGCGGGGGCCGGCAAGCACAAGUGCGGCCGCAAGCAGCGUCCCGCCGCGCCGCACUCCGACCACCACCUGCCGCCGCCGCCCGACAUACUGGAGGACCAUAUGUGCAACCACGACGUGGUGCACAAGCAUAAGCUAUCCCUCCCGCCCGGCUUUACUUGGAAGGAUGUUAACAAGAAAUUUAAAAAUAAAAACAAAGUCGAAAAAACAUGCAAUAGGGCGGACGCGCUCGCCGGUCAGCCGAGGAAUGAAUCACUGCCACCGACUGAGAGGACGAUGCUGGAACUAGCCGACGCCUCCGGUCCACCGACUCUCGCCUCGUCAGCUCUGCACGCCCUCGACCUGCAGUACUGCGCCCAAGCACCCCCUGUGGCGGCGCCGGCGACGCCCCCGUACCCACCUCCUCAACAGCUGUUCCCGGUGCAACAACUCUCCACCAACCUCAACCAGCAACAGUUGCAAGAGCUUCAGCAGCAACAACUCCAGCAGCUAGCUGUACAACAGCAACAGCAGCAAAAGAAGCAACAACACCAGCAACAGCAACAACAGCAGCAGCAGCAGCAACAACAACAGUAUGCACAGGAGAUGCAGCAGAGGCCUGAAGCAUACGUGCCGCAGUCUCCGGAGGAGGGUGGGUCGGUGGAGGCCCGCGAGCUGGGCGCCGUCCUGGACUACCUGCAGCGGGAGGUGCCGUCCCUGGUGGCUCUGCCGCCCAACGAACUGCGCUCACUCGUCCUGCAGGUGAUGCAGCAGAAGUCCCACGAGAUCCUGUCGGGGAAAUGUGGCUCAGAGGGCACGGAGGGUGAGGGGGAUGGGGAAGGGGAAGGCGAGGGAGAGGCGGAGGGCGAAGGAGAGGACGCCGAGCGUGACGAGAGACACGCCAGGAGGCUGCUGGCCGCCGCCGAGGAGGCGCUGUCCAGCGACUGGCCCGCUGUACUCGUCGAUGUCACGGGUGCUCCGGCCUGCCACUACCGUCCUCGGCCUCCGUCCCCUUCGCUGGAGUCGUGCUCGCUGGGCCUGACCCCGGCCCCGGCGCCCGCGCCUCUAGACAACCAGCCACACUUUGCUCUGCCACCUCCAACACUGCCUUACAACGACUAUAGAUCAUCAACGUUCGGUCCCGCGGCGGGCGGAGCGUCGAGCGGAGUGGCGAGCGGAGUGGUGGGCGGCGUAGUGGCGGGCGUGGCGGCCGGCGUGGCGGGUAUCAAUGCGAUCGGUCCCGCCGGCUCAUACACGCCCGCGGGGACUCCGCCUCACACGCAAACCCAUUCCAAGAGAGAACAACACCACCAUGCCAACAACGCCGCGCUCAAGAAAAAGGGUCGGUUCGCGGGCAGUUCCCGGAGUCGUGUGGAGUCGUCUCAGUCGCAGGCCGCGCCACCCCAGCCCGCGCCGGCCGCCUACUCCGCCAUGGAUGUGGACGGAGAAACGGACUCCAACCACGACACGGCCCUCACCCUAGCCUGUACCGGCGGACACGAGGACCUGGUGGAACUACUGCUGUCCAGGGGCGCGGACAUCGAACACCGGGAUAAGAAGGGCUUCACACCUCUUAUCCUGGCUGCCACGGCCGGCCACGAGAAGAUAGUGGAGAUCCUGUUGAACCACGGCGCGGAUAUCGAAGCUCAAUCGGAAAGGACGAAGGACACCCCGCUGUCUCUGGCCUGCAGCGGCGGACGUUAUGAAGUAGUGGAGCUGAUCCUGAGCCGAGGAGCCAACAAGGAACACCGCAACGUGUCCGACUACACCCCGCUCUCGCUCGCCGCCUCCGGGGGAUACGUCAACAUCAUACGACUCCUAUUACACCACCAGGCGGAGAUAAACUCCCGCACGGGUUCCAAGCUGGGUAUAUCGCCUCUGAUGCUGGCGGCCAUGAACGGUCACACGGCCGCUGUGAGACUGUUACUGGACUGCGGCUCCGACAUCAACGCUCAGAUAGAAACCAACAGGAACACGGCGCUAACACUCGCCUGCUUCCAAGGGCGUCACGAGGUGGUGAGUCUGCUAUUGGAUCGGAAGGCGAACGUAGAGCAUCGCGCCAAGACCGGCCUGACGCCUCUCAUGGAGGCGGCCAGCGGAGGAUACGUGGAGGUCGGCCGAGUCUUACUGGACAAGGGCGCUGAUGUGAACGCGCCCCCAGUCCCAUCCUCGAGAGACACAGCGCUAACCAUCGCCGCUGAUAAGGGACACACCAAAUUCGUCGAACUUCUACUGCAAAGACGAGCGGCUGUAGAGGUGAAGAACAAAAAAGGCAACUCCCCGCUGUGGCUGGCGGCUAACGGCGGACAUCUGGCUGUAGUGGAGAUGUUGUACGCGGCCGGAGCGGACAUCGACUCUCAAGACAAUAGAAAGGUAUCCUGCUUAAUGGCCGCUUUCCGAAAGGGACAUACUAAAGUGGUCAAAUGGAUGGUCGGCGUCGUAACGCAAUUCCCCUCCGACCAGGAAAUGACCAGGUAUAUCUGCACGAUAUCGGACAAGGAACUGCUGGAGAAAUGCCAGGAGUGCGUGCGGGUCAUACGAGCGGCUAAAGAGACGCAGGCCGCGCGCGCCAACCAGAACGCCACCAUACUGCUGGAGGAGCUGGACGCUGAGCGCUGCAGGGAGGAGUCCAGGAGGCAGGCGGCGGCGCGGCGUAGGGAGAGGAAGAAGAAGAAGAAGAUGGAGAAGAAGGAGGAAAGGCGCAAGUUGCAGACGGAGAACGAAAAGAACACUCUGUACUGCGAGAAGGCGCUGGGAGAGUGUUCGGAAGGAGGGGAACCCGACGACGAGCCCGCGGCCAGGGAGGAGGGCGACUCCGGCAUAGACGCCAACUCACAGGGCUCGUGCUCCUCCUCGGACGUGAAGGCGCCUCCAGCUCAAAGUGCCAAGAGCAAGAAAAAGAAAAAGGAAGAAAAGCCAGCGCCCGCCCCGACACAGCCGCCGCCCAAGAAAAUACCAGACAAAGUGAAACUGAAAAUAGACACAAAACCCGAGAAAGAGGUCCCGGUGAAGGCGGACAAGAAGCUGGAGAAAGAAAACGUGGCACCCAUCUCGCCGCCCGCCACGCCCGCCAAGCCCGCCGCGGACAGGAGGCCGGACAAGAAGGACAAGAAACCCGAAGAGGACGCCAAAAACAUCACAGUACAGAACGUCAAGUAUGGAAAUAACUCGCGGAAGAGCCAAGUGUUCGAGUCCAGCAGACUCAACGUGGACAAGGACGACGACGCCGGCGACAAAAAUAAAAAGAGUCACGCGGCGCUGCAAUGGGAGGGCGAUAAGAGCACGUCUCCUAAGGCAGCCAGCGCCAGCGUACGGCGAGACGAGGGCUGGAAGGAGGUGGUACGCAAGUCCUCCGUCCAGACGCUCUCCACACUGGAGCCGGGAUGCAAGAAAGUAUCAGUGGGCGCUCACGCUAUAUCCCGUGUGAUCGGACGAGCCGGGACUAACAUCAAUGCCAUACGGUCCGCCACUGGAGCUCACAUUGAAGUAGACAAGCAGACCAAGGGCCAGGGGGAGAGAAUCAUCACCAUUAAAGGGUCAUCGGAGGCGACGAAACAGGCUGCGAGUCUUAUAGCGGCCAUGAUCAGAGAUCCUGAGGCCGACAUCUCGGCUCUGUUACCGCGGGCCAAGCUCCCGCCCCCGCAACCUGCGCCCGCGCAUCAACCGAAGCCGAAACAGACCCCUGUUAAGAUGCCUAUGACUGUGAGUUCGAUUGUGGGCGGGUCACGAGCGACUCCGCCCAGCCGCUCCAAGCCUCACACCAGCACCAGGCCGCCCAUGCCCAGACUGCAUGCUCAUGCUAUACAGCUGCCAGAAAAACGUGUUUCGAGCGCUCCAGCCGUCACCACAACCACGUGUACGACGGUGACCUCUAUCAAGACCGGCGCGCUGUCCUACACGGGCGCUAUCGUCGGCGCCAGAAGUCACACGUUCGCAGCCAAGUUGACCGCAACGCCACCCGCAGACAGCAAGCCGCGACCCACGCCUCAGGUGGUUCCGAGCAGUCCGGCGGCCAGCAGCAGCAGCACCGUCGUCUCCUCGCCGCUUAAGACGCGCGACACACGCGAGCCUCCGCCGCGCGAGGCCCGCGAGGUCCGAGAGGUCCGCGAGGUACAGGCCCGGGAGGUGGUGAGGGAAGCGACACCAGAGACACACAGACUCGACGACGAGCCAAGGAUCCCACGCCCGCACGCUGAUGCGCUACAAUUGAGUCCCGAUAACUCGAGCACAUGGAGCAAUGAAGACAUCCCAGUCAAUACAUCCGCUGCCCUCCAUAUUAAUACCACCCCACAGGUGGCGGGCGGUGUGGGGGUCGUGUCGGGGUCAGGCGGAGCCCAGGAGUAUUCCCUGUUCAAGGACCUCUCGGGAGGAUCCGUGGCCAUGUGGGCCGAUCACAACGUUGACCUACCUCCGCCGCAGGCGGACGCCAGUAAGGCCCCCGGGUACCGCGGUGGCGGCGGCUGUUCUCCGUGUUCUCGCACGUCCUCGCACGGCUCCACUCCCCCUCCGCCGCCGCCGCCCCCCUACCACCAUCCCAUGCCUAUCGGCAACGCGGUCAAUGCCAUGGACAUGAGCGGACUGUCAAGAAACGGGCCUAUCUACCAGGACAACUCACGCAAUGGACACAACAUGAUGGUGGGUAUGUCGAGCGGCGUGUCGCUGUCUGGUCUCGGCUACGUGGGCGUAGAGAGCGUGUCGCGUCUCAACCCGCGCGCUCCUGACUUCGCACAGAGACAUCCUCUGCUGCAGCACCAGCAGCACAAACAUGCCGCACAGCAACUGUUUUCUGGAGCCGGCGGCACUAGCGGCGGGAACCUGAGCUCGCUGCUUAUGUCGUAUCAGCAGGGAGCGCCCAAGAUGCAGCACGCGCCGCCUCACCACCACCAUCCAUACCAGUCUCUACUGGACCGCGGCGUGGGCGUGAACUCGGUGGGCAACGUGAGCGGCGUGGGCGUCGGCGUGGGGUGGGGCGAGGAGGAGGAGAGGAAGCCGCGUCCCAUCGGCACGGAGCGAGCGUGGAAGAUGACCGCGCCCGACGACUGGCACCACCAUCACCAGCACCACCGCACAGACCACGACAGAUACCAGCAGCAAGGAGUAAACAUGGGCGGCGUGGGCAGUGUGGGCGGCGAGGGUGGUUACGGCGCGGGCGUGGGCGGUGGCGGCGCAGCCACGGCCGCCGCUCUGUCUCUGAUGCACGCCCUGCCGCUCUCGGCCUGCCUGCCGGCCUACCUGCCGCCCGGCGGCCUGCCGGACCACCAUCACUGGGACCAGCCGCCGCACCACGCCACUGAUAAACAGCAGGCCUGGAGCAAGUGGAGCCACUAGAGCCGACCGUCUCACUGCCUGCAGACCUAUCCCACGAGGAUUAUAUAUAAUUGUAACCCUUGGAAACGGUGUAGAUAUUAGUGAGAAAGAAAUAUAUUAUACAGAUUAUCUAUAUAAAUAAUAGAGAGAAUGUCCUAUCGAGAAGAUAACUACUUAUACUGUACGAUCGACUGAAGUGAGCAUUAAACGAUUCAUUAUAAUGAAACUCGUGAGGGGAGAGGGAUGUAGUUUUAUUUGUAACCGCCGUCGACGAGAGCUCGGUUUAGACAAUUUAUAGAUAGAGUCGGCUGGCGUAGAGCGGAAUGAGAUUCCGCACGCGGACCUUCUAUACAUGUUUUACACUACAUUAUAGCGUAACACGGCGUCGGGGCCGACCGGCGCGCGCCCGGGGCCCGCGGCCCGCGGCCCGCCGCCAGCAGCGGACUAGUGAAGGUGUAUUAAUGAAAUUGCUUGUACAUGAAGAUUAAAUACCAUAUAUUGAUGCACUGUAA